AUGGCCUUUUAUCAAGCCCAGGCCAUUGCUAUUGUCAUUGCCUUUCUUGCUGCUGCCAGCCUUUAUGCUGGCAUGUACCACAUGAGACAUUUCGAACUUAAAAGAAGCCCCAAGGAAAACCUUCUCUUGGAAAAUGAAGAGGAUCUCGCCUGGACCACUGUCGUCUUAGCCAUGAGACAAAUCUUGUCCCAGAAGAACUUUUACCUCUUUCUGAUAAUGAAUUUCUUCCAAGUCUUUCAUUUAACCUUCUUCAACAACUUCAUGAUGAUCUUUGCAGACAGUCUCAUUCCCAGGGAUGUUCUUUCUUCUUCCAUAAGGAGCAUCAUGUACGGGGCAGGCUUUAUUUGCCCACAGUGCCUUGUACUCACCAGUCGAUCCUGGCUGAAGAAGUGUGGUUACUAUAAGAUUAUCUUAAUUUCUUUCUACCUAGAAGGAACAGCUUCCAUUGUCAUGUUACUUCUGGGACAGCAAUACUAUUACUGUUUCGCUCUUUAUCUCACUUUUAUCAUGGUGAUUGUGCGAGCUUCUUUUUCCUUGUUUAACCUGCCACUAGCUGACAUGGUUGAUGUAGAUUUACUAAAGUUCAAUCAGCAGUCAUCUCUUCCCUCCAUGGUUUUUGGCAUCAAUGCUUUGUUUACCAAACCUGCUCAGUCUUUGGCUCCCAUGAUGAUACUCUCUAGGCUAAACCAGCAUGGUUAUGGGAACCCAAACAGCAGGUAA